GAUAGCUACUGAAGAAACUAUAGAGGUUUCUGCUGAUUCUGGGGCUUUAUGGGAGGAUAAAGAUGGGAAAGCGAAGGAUAAGGAAGAAAAAGACAGAGAGGACCAAAGAGCCUGACAGAGAGAAGGGAAAAGAAAAAGAUGCUGAAAGAAGAGGAGAAAAUGAAAAGGACAAAGUUAAAGGUCUUGAAGGAACAAAUAUUGACGCUUUGCUACAGAGGCUCCCAAGCUGUGUAAGCUGUGACUUGAUAGAUCAAUUGACUGUAGAGUUUUGCUAUUUAAACUCGAAGGCCAACAGGAAAAAGCUUGUUAGGGCUUUGUUCAAUGUCCCUAGGACAUCUCUUGAGUUGUUGCCGUACUACUCACGAAUGGUCGCAACACUGUCAACUUGUAUGAAGGAUAUCUCUUCCAUGCUUUUACAGCUGUUGGAGGAAGAGUUCAACUUUUUGAUAAAUAAGAAGGAUCAAAUGAACAUUGAAACAAAGAUCAGGAACAUACGGUUUAUUGGAGAACUUUGCAAGUUUAAAAUUGCAUCAGCUGGCCUUGUUUUCAGUUGUCUGAAGGUGUGA